AUGUCAGAGCCUACGAAACCUGGCUUCCUCCAACUUCGCUUCUCCCCGAGACCGUCACGUCCUGGAGAUCAGACGGGGUGUCUCUUCUCGAGUCAAUUGACCGCCCUCUUUAUCGAAAUCCAAUUGUUCUGCUCCUACCGAACCCGUCAUACCGAGUCUUCCGAUGGCCUGAAAAAAAUUCGAGUAGCCGGCCACGCCAACAUCCCUGCAACUCCCAUUUCCAUUGCCUUCGCUCCUUGCCUCUCCUUACCCUCCAACAUAAUGCCGCCCCAUCUACACCCGCGGUCGCGGUCGACCACCUCGUUAUUCGCCGGCACGUUGCUGGCAUCGCUUCUGGUCGUCGGCAUGCCGCACGUCUUCCCCUGCCCAGCCCCGCGACGCACCUUCGCCGACUCAGAGAUGAUGAUCACUGCAGACGGGCAACAAGUACCACGUGUUCGUCGGAGACGGCGCAAGGAUGUUGACCGGGAGGUGGAAAGCAAUCACCCGAACCAUCCGACACCAUCCGGCGCUGUGGACGAGGAGGUCUCUACAUUCCUCCAGAUGGAGGAAGAAGCGGAAAAAUUGGCACACAUUGGCCGCGAAUGCCCUGUUCCCAAGCCUAAGGGAAUUCUGGGUGAACUACUGGGCUUCCGGAAUGCUGGUGGCGCUGAGCAGCGCCAGACCAAUGGACCGUCCGAGGGAGAUCGAUAG